AUGAAGUGGGAUAUCGCGUCCUCGAAGUUGGGCUUUUUGAAGCUGGGUCGCAGUGAAGGCAAGUAUGAAUUGUUAGGGAAGUAUGCGAACGCAAAGAAUGAGAGUAUACCAAGAAGCCGCCAGAUGUCGGGGUUUUCUACUUGGGCGCUCUCUUGUCUAAAUGUACUGCUUUUCCUAUUUUCACUGUUGUUGCUGGUUGUCUCAUGGGACAAUUUUCACCAACAGCGGGAGCUCCAUAAUGAAGGAUACACAACGAAUAUCAACUACGAUCUCAAGCGAGUGUCAUCAUUCUCCCCAAUUUUCGAUGAGAUCGACCUACAUCCUCGGCUCCAGAAAUUCAACGGCGCAGUCAACGACAACUCUUCCAUAUUUCGACAAGACCCUUCGCCAGAAGUCGAUGCCGCAUGGGACCUGAUAUCUGCUGAGGGUUUCGAGAUAACCACGGCCGAGGCCUCAUCGCUGGCCAAAGCAGGCCAAGAUCCCUCGGUGCUGGUCCAUGCGCCUGCAUCAUGGAAUCGCGGGGACGACGCAGUUGUGGUUCAAAUCGAUGUAUUCCAUCAAAUUCACUGUCUCAAUGAGCUACGCAAAGAGAUACACUUCGAUUACUAUUAUAAAAAUCGCUAUGGUGACCGAAGCAAAGCGCCCGCCGAGCAUAUGAUCCACAAGAAGCACUGCAUCCAUAUCUUGUUGCAGAAUUUGAUAUGCCACGCGGAUGUGGAUCUUAUUCCGCACAACUGGGUACAUUAUGAAGGAUUGAAUCAAAGCACACGUCCCUGGGCCGAGCCUCUGGCAGAUUUCAAUGCUGUGAAGAAAUGUCGUGAUUUCAGUGGGCUCUUGGAGUGGGCGAGGGAGACGGCUAUACAAGAUCUUCCGACAAGGUGGAAGGAGUUGCAGUAUCAGAAAGGCAGGCCUGUGUCGGAUGGAAGCAAUGGAUAUUUUCAGAUUCCGCAUCAACAUGAAUGA